UGUGACUCUACAGAAGCAGCGCUGCAUAGUCUAUUGAGAGCACUCACUAGUGAGACAUACGAUGACCCCACACAGCAUCUGGAGAGAGAGCAAGCCCUCGCCAAACAGUUUGCUGAGAUCCUGCACUUCACACUGCGCUUUGAUGAGCUCAAGAUGACAAAUCCUGCCAUUCAGAAUGACUUCAGUUAUUACAGGAGGACCCUGAGCCGCAUGAGGAUCAAUAAUGUUCCUGCAGAGGGAGAAAACGAGGUGAAUAAUGAGCUGGCCAAUCGGAUAUCUCUAUUUUAUGCUGAUGCCACACCCAUGCUAAAGACAUUAAGUGAUGGCACAACAAAAUUUGUAUCUGAGAAUAAAAACUUGCCCAUUGAAAACACAACAGAUGUAUUAAGCACCAUGGCGAGCGUGUGCAAAGUUAUGUUGGAAACCCCAGAGUAUCGCAGCCGCUUCAGCAGUGAGGAGACUGUUUCCUUCUGUCUGCGUGUCAUGGUGGGGGUUAUCAUCCUCUACGACUACGUCCAUCCCGUCGGUGCAUUCGCGAAGUCCUCCAAAAUAGACAUGAAAGGCUGCAUUAAAGUGCUCAGAGAUCAGCCACCAAACAGUGUGGAAGGUCUUCUAAAUGCUCUCAGGUACACAACAAAACAUCUUAAUGAUGAGUCAACCACUAAGACCAUUAAAAGCAUGCUGCAGUAGCAACUAAACUCUGGGACUCACACACCACUGGCCUCAAGCAAUUGCUCAGGAGAUGCACAUACACUCUCUCUCCUGGACUAAAGCGAUGCACAGAAUGUUUUUCCUUUCCUUUUUUUUCUUUCUUUCUUUCUU